GCUUCGGCCGGCGCGCCGCCCUCCAGCCCGCUCCCUUCAGUCACCCCACCCUUAGCGGGCCGCGCCACCUUACUCCACCACCCUCCCCCGCUGCUCCGCGCACUCCGCAUCCCGGCCCGGCCUCCUGCUCUCCCCCGCCCCCCUAAACCGCUCACUUGCCAGCCCGUCGCCCCCGGGAAGAAGAAACAUUUCCCGGAGCGCACUCUUCAGCCCUCCCUCCCCCCGUGCUCGCCUUCCCCUCCCCCCGGUCUUUCUUUCUUGGGGGAGGGGGGCUGUCGCCUCGGAUUGAAGGCCAUUGAUUUGUAUGUAUUUGUCCCAGCGCCGGAGGCUGCCCCAGCCGCCCGCGCGGGUGCCGCUGCCGCCGCCGCCCGUGGAGUUGCCUCUCUGCUUCCCUAGCGUGGUUAGGCUCCACCAAACAUGUCGGCUCCAGUCGGGCCGCGGGGUCGCCCGGCUCCCACCCCGGCGCCCUCUCAGCCGCCUCUGCAGCCCGAGAUGCCCGACCUCAGCCACCUCACGGAGGAGGAAAGGAAAAUCAUCCUGGCCGUCAUGGAUCGGCAGAAGAAAGAAGAGGAGAAGGAGCAGUCGGUGCUCAAGUGGUUUCCCUUUAGUGGGAUCACUGAACUGGUAAAUAACGUUCUUCAGCCCCAGCAAAAACAACAAAAUGAAAAGGAGCCCCAGACAAAACUUCAUCAGCAGUUCGAAAUGUAUAAGGAACAGGUAAAGAAGAUGGGAGACGAAUCACAGCAGCAGCAAGAACAGAAGGGUGAUGCCCCAACCUGUGGUAUCUGCCACAAAACAAAGUUUGCUGAUGGAUGUGGCCAUAAUUGUUCAUAUUGCCAAACAAAGUUCUGUGCUCGUUGUGGAGGUCGAGUGUCAUUACGCUCAAACAAGGUUAUGUGGGUAUGUAAUUUGUGCCGAAAACAACAAGAAAUCCUCACUAAAUCAGGAGCAUGGUUUUAUAAUAGUGGAUCUAAUACACCACAGCAACCUGAUCAAAAGGUUCUCCGAGGACUGCGGAAUGAAGAGGCGCCUCAGGAGAAGAAAGCAAAACUACAUGAGCAGGCCCAUUUUCAAGGACCCUCAGGUGACUUAUCUGUACCUGCAGUGGAGAAAAGUCGAUCUCAUGGGCUCACAAGACAGGAUUCUAUUAAGAAUGGGUCAGGAGUGAAGCACCAAAUUGCCAGUGACGUAGCUUCAGACAGGAAAAGAAGUCCAUCAGUCUCCAGAGAUCAGAAUAGAAGAUACGACCAAAGAGAAGAAAGAGAGGAAUAUUCACAGUAUGCUACUUCAGAUAGCGCAAUGCCUAGAUCUCCAUCAGAUUAUGCUGAUAGGAGGUCUCAACGUGAACCUCAGUUUUAUGAAGAAUCUGAUCAUAUAAACUAUAGGGACUCCAACAGGAGAAGUCGUAGGCAUUCCAAAGAAUAUAUUGUAGGUGAUGAGGAUGUGGAGAGCAGAGAUGAAUAUGAAAGACAAAGGAGAGAGGAGGAAUACCAGGCACGUUAUCGAAGUGAUCCAAAUUUGGCCCGUUAUCCAGUAAAGCCACAGCCCUAUGAAGAACAAAUGCGUAUUCAUGCUGAAGUGUCUCGAGCAAGGCAUGAGAGAAGGCAUAGUGAUGUUUCUUUGGCAAAUGCUGAACUGGAAGAUUCCAGGAUUUCUAUGCUAAGGAUGGAACGACCAUCAAGGCAAAGAUCUAUAUCUGAACGUAGAGCUGCCUUGGAAAAUCAGCGAUCUUAUUCAAUGGAAAGAACUCGAGAGGCUCAGGGACCAAGUUCUUAUCCACAAAGGACCACAAACCAUAGUCCUCCUACCCCCCGGAGGAGUCCAAUACCCAUUGAUAGACCAGACAUGAGACGUACUGACUCACUAAGGAAACAACACCACUUAGAUCCUAGCUCAGCUGUAAGGAAAACGAAACGGGAAAAGAUGGAGACAAUGUUAAGGAAUGAUUCUCUCAGUUCCGACCAGUCAGAGUCAGUGAGACCUCCACCACCAAAGCCUCACAAAUCAAAGAAAGGAGGUAAAAUGCGCCAGGUUUCAUUGAGCAGUUCAGAGGAGGAAUUGGCUUCCACGCCUGAAUAUACAAGUUGUGAUGAUGUUGAGAUUGAAAGUGAGAGUGUAAGUGAAAAAGGGGACAGUCAAAAGGGAAAAAGAAAAACUAGUGAGCAGGCAGUUUUGUCGGACUCUAACACCAGGUCUGAAAGACAAAAGAAAAUGAUGUACUUUGGUGGCCACUCUUUGGAAGAGGAUUUGGAAUGGUCUGAGCCUCAGAUUAAGGACUCUGGGGUAGAUACGUGUAGUAGCACAACCCUUAACGAGGAGCAUAGCCAUAGUGAUAAGCACCCUGUGACGUGGCAGCCAUCUAAAGAUGGAGACCGUUUAAUUGGUCGGAUUUUAUUAAAUAAGCGUCUAAAAGAUGGAAGUGUAACUCGAGAUUCAGGAGCAAUGCUUGGCUUGAAGGUUGUAGGAGGAAAGAUGACUGAAUCAGGUCGGCUCUGUGCAUUUAUUACCAAAGUAAAAAAAGGAAGUUUAGCUGACACUGUAGGACAUCUUAGACCAGGUGAUGAAGUGUUAGAAUGGAAUGGAAAGCUAUUGCAAGGAGCCACAUUUGAAGAAGUAUAUAACAUCAUUCUGGAAUCCAAACCUGAACCACAAGUGGAGCUUGUUGUUUCAAGGCCUAUUGGAGAUAUACCUAGGAUACCUGAUAGCACACAUGCACAACUGGAGUCUAGUUCUAGCUCAUUUGAAUCUCAAAAAAUGGAUCGUCCUUCUAUUUCUGUUACCUCUCCCAUGAGUCCUGGCACGUUGAGGGAUGUUCCACAGUUCUUAUCUGGACAACUUUCAAGCCAAAGCCUUAGUAGAAGAACAACGCCUUUUGUUCCUAGGGUUCAGAUAAAACUAUGGUUUGACAAGGUUGGUCACCAAUUAAUAGUUACAAUUUUGGGAGCAAAGGAUCUCCCUUCCAGGGAAGAUGGGAGGCCAAGGAAUCCUUAUGUUAAAAUUUACUUUCUUCCAGACAGAAGUGAUAAAAACAAGAGAAGAACUAAAACAGUAAAGAAAACGUUGGAACCCAAAUGGAACCAAACAUUCAUUUAUUCUCCAGUGCACCGAAGAGAAUUUCGGGAACGAAUGCUGGAGAUUACCCUAUGGGAUCAAGCUCGCGUUCGAGAGGAAGAAAGUGAAUUCUUAGGAGAGAUUUUAAUUGAAUUAGAAACAGCAUUAUUAGAUGAUGAGCCACAUUGGUACAAACUUCAGACCCAUGAUGUCUCUUCGUUACCACUUCCCCACCCUUCUCCAUAUAUGCCACGGCGACAGCUCCAUGGCGAGAGCCCAACACGCAGGUUGCAAAGGUCAAAGAGAAUAAGUGAUAGUGAAGUCUCUGACUAUGACUGUGAUGAUGGAAUUGGUGUAGUAUCAGAUUAUCGACACAAUGGUCGAGAUCUUCAAAGCUCAACGUUAUCAGUGCCAGAACAAGUAAUGUCAUCAAACCAUUGUUCACCAUCAGGAUCUCCUCACCGAGUAGAUGUUAUAGGAAGGACUAGAUCAUGGUCACCCAGUGUCCCUCCUCCACAAAGUCGGAAUGUGGAACAGGGACUUCGAGGGACACGGUCUACUACCGGACAUUAUAAUACAAUUAGCCGAAUAGAUAGACGUCGUGUCGUGGAUGACCGUUAUUCUCCAGAUAGGGACAGGGAUUGUGAAGCAGCAGAUAGACAGCCAUAUCACAGAUCCAGAUCAACAGAACAACGGCCUCUCCUAGAGCGGACCACCACCCGCUCCAGAUCCACUGAACGUCCUGAUACAAACCUCAUGAGGUCGAUGCCUUCAUUAAUGACUGGAAGAUCUGCCCCUCCUUCACCUGCCUUAUCGAGAUCUCAUCCUCGUACUGGGUCUGUCCAAACCAGUCCAUCAAGUACUCCAGUGGCAGGACGAAGGGGCCGACAACUUCCACAACUUCCACCAAAGGGGACACUGGAGAGAAACAAUGGAGUCAAGGAGAUAGAACCUUAUGAAGGUGCUAUGGAUAUAGAGGAGAGAAAUCGCCAAAUGAAAAUUAACAAAUACAAACAGGUAGCCGGAUCAGAUUCCAGACUGGAACAAGAUUACCAUUUGAAGUAUCGAUCAGGAUGGGAUCCUCAUAGAGGGGCAGAUAAUAUUUCCACUAAAUCUUCGGACAGUGAUGUAAGUGAUAUAUCUGCGGUUUCAAGGACUAGUAGUGCUUCUCGUUUCAGCAGCACAAGCUACAUGUCUGUCCAAUCAGAACGGCCAAGAGGAAACAAGAAAAUCAGGCCGAAGGGAAUAGAAGAGGGAGGGAAAGAAGGGGAUAAGCAUGAAGAGAUAGUUCAUGAGGAGGAAGAGGUAAAGGAAGAAAGAAUUAAUGAGAAUGGGAAAGAGAAAGAGAUUACAAAAACGUGUAAUAAGGAGAAAAACAGAGAGUCAGGAGAUGAGAAAAAAACCCAAGACAUACCUGAGCAAGGGAAAGAAAAAGAACAGUGGAAUAAAGAGAAUUUGGAAAGGCGAUUUUCACAAGAUGAUGACAGUGUCUUUACGUCCAAAAUGCAAAGCAGACAAAUGGGCAUCUCAGGGAAGAACAUGACUAAAAGCACCAGCAUCAGCGGAGACAUGUGCUCGCUGGAGAAGAAUGAUGGCAGCCAGUCUGACACUGCAGUGGGCGCCUUGGGCUCCAGCGGCAAAAAGCGGCGCUCUAGCAUUGGGGCCAAAAUGGUAGCUAUCGUUGGUCUCUCCCGGAAAAGUCGCAGCGCUUCUCAGCUCAGCCAAACGGAAGCAGGAGGUAAAAAGCUACGGAGCACUGUCCAGAGAAGCACCGAAACAGGCCUGGCUGUGGAAAUGAGGAACUGGAUGACUCGACAGGCAAGCCGAGAAUCUACAGAUGGCAGCAUGAACAGCUACAGCUCAGAAGGAAAUCUGAUUUUCCCUGGUGUCCGCUUGGCCUCUGAUAGCCAAUUCAGCGAUUUUCUGGAUGGUCUUGGCCCUGCCCAGCUAGUGGGGCGCCAGACUCUGGCUACACCUGCAAUGGGUGACAUUCAGGUAGGAAUGAUGGACAAAAAGGGACAGUUGGAGGUGGAAAUCAUUCGCGCCCGUGGCCUUGUUGUAAAACCAGGUUCCAAGACACUGCCAGCACCAUAUGUAAAGGUGUAUCUAUUAGAUAAUGGAGUCUGCAUAGCCAAAAAGAAAACAAAAGUGGCAAGAAAAACGCUGGAACCACUUUACCAGCAGCUAUUAUCUUUCGAAGAGAAUCCCCAAGGAAAGGUUUUACAGAUCAUUGUCUGGGGAGAUUAUGGCCGCAUGGAUCACAAAUCCUUUAUGGGAGUGGCCCAGAUACUUUUAGAUGAACUGGAGCUAUCCAAUAUGGUGAUUGGAUGGUUCAAACUUUUCCCCCCUUCCUCCCUAGUAGAUCCAACCUUGGCUCCUCUGACGAGAAGAGCUUCCCAGUCAUCUCUGGAAAGUUCAACCGGACCUUCUUACUCUCGUUCAUAGCAGCUGUAAAACUGUUGUCAUAGCAACCAGCGUUACAAAAAAAAAAAAUCACAGGUCGCAAACCCUGGUAACACUGCAUGCUUAAUGUUGUGUCUUCUGAGCCUGUUUCUAGGGAUACAAAGCGAUCCUGUGUUCUCAGAGGAAGUUGCACACAUUGUGCCCUCAAGGAGGCCCUCAGGUGAAAGCGCAGAGCUGUGAAGAACUAGCAGGUUUGAAGUUCAGUAACACUCGAGUUUGGUCCAAUCUGAAGCCAUGGAUUAAUCUCAAAGAGUCAGUCAGUUUCAUGCAACAAAAGCCCUUUUCAAUGGCACCUUUAUAUUUUUAUUGUUCCUUUUUCUUCGUUUCUCUGACCCCAAAGCCCUGUUAUGCCACAGAAAUGGAGCUAUACAGCCAUUAAGCCAUGUUACAAGGCAAGGAGUGAAGUCCUAGGAAGCAUCAGGUGAAAAGCAAGAGACCAAAGAAGUGGUCCAGGACAAAACCUCAGCCCCGCUCUGGCCGGUGAGCAGGGGCAGCCAGUCCACCGUGAGCAGCGGCGGACUUCGGAGCCCCAGCAGGCACGGCAUUCACUAAUGCCGAGAUGUGUUGGACUCUGAAAAACAAAAUUCUGUGGCUACACUGUACUGAAUGAAAUUAAAGAAACUUUUUUUGCAUGGACACAGAUUAGCUGAAUAUUUAAAUUAUUUUCUUGAGGCUGCAACUUGCAAAAAAAAAAAAGAAUAAAAAUCAGCCAUUUUCAACAAUUUAUAUUAUUUUUAAAAAUAAAUUUCACUAGUGCAUGGUUUUACAAGGGGGAGAGAAUGCAACAGGGUGAUACAAAGACGCACCAUGUUUAUUCUUUAAUCAUAGUCUGUGUUUUGGCAGACAUUACAAGUGAAAAUACUUUCUAGAAGAUACUUAAAAUCUCUUUAUGUGACAAAUAAGUAUAACAUUCAAAUUAUUUCCAUGUUAAACAUACAAAUCUUACGAAGUUCAAUAUGUGCAAAUUGUUCACAUCUUUCUUCCUCUUCUCUAUCUCACUUUUCCUCCUCUCCCUCUUUUAAUCUUUUAUUUCUUUCUCCCUCCCAAGGUGAACAUUAUACUAAAAAAUUACGAGUUUUUGACCUGAUAAUCUCUUAUACCCCAUGUUUGAUUCAGAGCUCUAGAUGCUUCUGAAUUUACGAAUUUCUCAAGGGGAAAAAAAUAUUAUUUAUGAGCUUUCUUUAUUUCAAGCAUGUUGAAAAGGAUUUUGCAACAUGACUUGGGAGUACGUUAAAGUAAGUCAGCAUGUAUUUGAUAAAGAAGAUAUUUGAACUUUUGCAAUUUAUUGUACAGUGCAUGGUAAUUUUAUUUUCACCUUCAAAGUUCAGUUUACAAGAAAAUCCUAAAAUCAUGUGGCCAUUGUAAUGUCUAAUAAAUUUGUUUUUAGCACCAGCAUUAUUCAUACAGGGGUUAACGUAUUAUUUCUAGAAGGUCUUAGGUUUUGUUUUUUAAUUAAUUAAAACAGUUUCUUUAGUCAAUUUCCAUUUAUUAUGUGAAUAGAAACACUGCUAAAAAUUUGGAGCCCUGAAACACAGGGAUGUUUAUUAAUUCAUUUUUCUGUAGUAAAAUUCAAUUUUUCACAAAUUAUAUUUCUAAAGAAAUAUAGUAAACAUAAAUUUGCAACAAGUAAUUUUAAAGCUCCAAUUUUUAGGUGACUCAGAGAAGGUCAAUCUGCCUAUUAACAGUUCUUCGAUGCCAUCACCAAAAGUCUACACACAAAUCCCCUACAGUCAAACCCCUGCCUUUGGUUUUACAGACAGUUGUUACCAUUUGGUGGUGCUGCGAGGUCAAAUUUCUCUUAAGUUCCCCUAUUUAGAGGAAAAGUCACUGGUUAAUGUAAUACACCACACAUACUUUCUGUUUCUUUAUGUACACAUUGAUAACACAUUCUUAUAGAUUGAUUUUAAUUUCUUAUAAUAACUUGUGAAAUCCACAUACAUAUCAUUCGUUUAAACUAAGGCCAUGCAGAGAAGUUGCUUUCUUUUUUUUUUUUCCCUUUUAAACUCAGUACUGACCGUUAAAAACUAUCAUGCCUGCUAUGGUGCAAAAGUUAAAAUGAGUAUCACUAAAAAUGCCUUCUCUUUAUGUGGUGCAAUAUGAAAUACACCAAGACCCUGUCUUGACGUUCUGAGAUCUAUGAUGGACCCAGGUAAAGUUGUUAAAAGAACGAAUAAAACCUUAUGGAAAUAAUUUAGACACUUGUGUACCAGCAACAAUUGAUUUAAUAGACCUAUAGUGUCUAUACUUAUCCCUUAGAAUAAACGUUUACCAUUUUCCUGAUA